AUGGCCAAUGUGCAGGACUCGACCCUGUGUUCCGAGAAGACAGGCUCACAGGCCGUGAGCAAGCUUCUUCGAGAUGUUGCACAUGACCCAACUGCGACAACUGCCAUACGACCUCAUACGCCAUGGAAGAACAAGGGUCAUCUUCAAGCGUUUGGCAUGAGAAACAGAGGCUGUCGUGUGAACGGGUGUCCCGAAAUGGAUCAGAAGAAAAAGACAAGCACGAACAUGUCACGGGAGGCAGCAAGGUUUAUUACGAGUCGAAGGUCCAGGAGGAGGCUUCAUCAGGAAUACUACCUGGCAUGA